CAAAAAAUGGAUCUCCUCUUCCCUUUCUAUUUCUUUCCCUAAAAAAUUCCGAAAACCCUAGACAGAGAGAGAGAGAGAGAAAUCGAAUUGACCAGAAACAAAAUCCUCAAAUCUCUCUAAUUCGAUCGAGAUCGCAACAUUAUCCUUUUUGUUGCGAUUCCAUAAACAAUGAUUUCGAAUCCAAGUCUAUUAUCCUACACUUGCAUCGCGAAAGGAACCAUCGUCCUCGCCGAGUUCGCAUCAAAGGAAAACCCAGGAAUCGAAGAAGUAGCUUUACGAUGCAUCGAGAACACGCCUCCACACCAUUCAAUCUUCUCCCACACAGUUCACAAGAAGACGUACACAUUCUCAAUCGAUGGUGACUCCUUCGUCUACUUCGCGAUCCUCAACGAAGCUAUGGAGAAACACGAAUCCUUCUGGGUAUUGAACCGGUUGAGAUCAACCGUUGAAGAUCUCGUCAGAGGAGGAGAGACGUUGAUCAAUCCUUCUCGUCUUUGUUUACAAUCAAAGAUGGAUCCAGUUUUCGCGGAGAUCGUUGGUGGUGUUGAUUUGGAGUUGGACAUGGAUUUGGUUGGAUCUCCGAGGAGCGUGGCGAGGGAGAGUCGUAACCCUAGUAUUGAUUCGUCUAAAGGGAGAAGAGCUUCGUUGAUGCCUCUUCUGGGGAAGCAAUUGAAAGCGUUGAAGAAGAAGAAUAAGAGAUUGCAUUCGGAAGAUGAUUCUUCUAGUGACGUUGCGACGACGAUGAAGGAGACGGAGGAGAAGAAGAAGGUUGAUUUAUGUGGGAACGGGAACGGUGGAGUGUUGCGCAAGGAACUGAGAAAUGGUUUGUUGACAGAUCAUCAUCAUCACAGGCAAAAGGCGAAACAGAUGUGGAAGAAGCAUGUGUGGGUUGUGUUGAUGUUUGAUUUCUGCAUCUGUGCUGUUCUCUUCGGAAUCUGGCUUUGGGUUUGUCAAGGGUUUCAAUGCGUCAAUGGUUCAAGAAAUUAAUCAUCAUCAGCAGCUGUCUCUGUGUACAUCUUCAUAUUCAAGUUUGAUCAUUACAUCACAGUUCAUUCUUUUUUUUUUCUCCUAAGCGUAAGUGCAUCUGAAAUUCUGGAUAAAGUCUAAUCCUUUUUUUACGCUCUCCUUGUCAUUUUUUUUUGUGUUUUUGAAGAUCACAAGAAAGUGUUGUUUCCAGGAUGAAACUAGGUGGGUUGAAUCCUGGCUUUACAUGUUAGUGAUAUGUUCAUUGUACUUUGGAAGUUUUAUCAUUCACAAGCAACAUGUGUGUUGGUAUUGUAUCUCGUUUUUCUUUUGCUGUGUAAUCCACUAACUAUGUGCUGUGAUUAAACGUGGGUAGCAUAAUAAUGGAGGACAAAGAAAGAUGGUUUCAGAU